GCAUGACAUUUUGACAGAACACCAACACCACAUCUCCCACACUCACAGCUUCACGAGCCCUCCACAAAGCUCCUGCGACCACAAAUAUGGCUAUCAUUUCAGCAAACUCGAUGAUUCGCAGCGUAGCGCUAUUCCACCUAACGCUGGCUGCGCUUCUGAUCAAGAACCCAAAGCUCAUCGCGAACCAGAGUGUCAUCAUGAUCUUGGGCGGAUCAAUGCAACUCCCUACACCGCGAGACUUUGCUACGCCGUCAGCAGCCAUAGCCUUCAUCGCCGUUCUGUUCGCUUUCAUCGGCAUCAACGACCUUACCGCAGCCUCGCUUCCUGAAGAAGUCUUCGACGAAUACUGGGGUGCCCAGACACCCAUUCGACUCGUCUUUCUGUUCGCACUCACCGGUUACACAUUCUUGUUCAAAGAGGGUGGCAUGUUUGGCGGAGCCAGGGGCAUUGCGUACUCGAACAGCCCUGGCAGCUAUCUCAAGAACAGCGUGGUGUUUAGUUGGGGUUUCAUCGAACUGUCGAUGUGGUUCUGGAUCUACGUCACUCUGCGUGAGGAGCGACGGGAGCGUGCGAGGAAGAUAAUCGAGAAGCGUAAGGCGGAAGCUGACAGGAUGUGAGCUGGCAUGGAAGAUAAGCUAUUGGAUCAAUACACAGGCUCCUUGUCGGGUUAGCUCUUCUAACAGAGCAGCUUCGCGACCGUUCAGAGGAAGGCCAUGCCUGCCAUGCCUGCCCAUAGAGCUGCGCCAAGGACCGCAUCGCUUCGCCAAUAUGAUGGAAGUAAGACAACGAGGCCUGCUUCGAGGGGACAUAGUCUACGCUGGAAGCAUGACCAUGGUGCAGGUGCCACGGUUAAUAAUUGGGAACAGAACAAAAGCCAGGUAAUACAGAAUUGAGUGGUAGCGUAAGCCGCCGAACGACAAGAGACGAUAUGUACUCAGAUACAAGAAGGCGGCCACCCA